GGCUUCAGUUGGCCUUCGCGUCUCCAUCACGAAUCUAAUACGCUCUUAAUGAAUAAUUUUAUCCGCUUGCAUCGACAAGUGUUUUUAUUUCUCACUCACGAGAGACCCGCUUGCAGAGUAUACAUACCACCUGCUGCAAUUUUAUAGUACUGUGACUCAUUUUACAGAUUCCUCGGCAGAUUCAUGGCUACUGACCUUCGCGGCGUCGUGCUCUCGGGCACCGACCUAUCCAAAGAAAUUCGCAAUGCCCUGACAAAAGAUGUGGCAGUAAUCCAGCAAAAACUACCUGGUUAUAAACCCGGACUUGCAAUCGUACAGGUUGGUGGUCGAGAGGAUUCAAACGUGUACAUUCGUAUGAAGAUCAAGGCAGCCAGCGAGAUUGGCAUCAAAGCUACUCACAUUAAACUGCCCAAUACCACCACCGAGUACGAACUACUCAGUAAACUCGACAAACUUAACAAUGAUCCAAAUACUCAUGGCAUCAUCGUCCAAAUGCCCUUGGAUACUGUCAACAAAAUUGACUCGCAUCUUAUUACAGAUGCUGUUUCACCAGCCAAAGAUGUCGAUGGAUUAAAUACGAUCAACGAGGGCCGCGUUGCCGUUGGCGAUAUGUCUGGAUUUUUGCCCUGUACUCCAAAUGGCUGCAUCGAACUCAUAAAAAAGAGUGAAGUGACAAUUGCAGGAGCUCAAGCAGUUGUUCUCGGCAGAAGUAAAAUUGUAGGUACACCAGUUGCCGAAUUGUUGAAAUGGCACAAUGCUACUGUCACGGUGUGCCAUUCGAAAACCAAGGAUCUUCCUGCUGUCAUAUCAAAAGCCGAUAUUUUGGUAGUGGGUAUUGGCCAACCAGAGAUGGUCAAAGGAUCGUGGAUCAAACCUGGAGCAGUUGUAAUCGAUUGCGGAAUCAACGCUAUUCCAGAUCCAACAAAGAAGUCUGGCCAGCGUCUUGUUGGCGACGUAGCAUACGAGGAGGCAUCGAAGGUGGCCUCAUACAUAACUCCAGUACCCGGUGGUGUUGGUCCUAUGACAGUAGCCAUGCUGAUGAAGAACACAGUGAUUUCGGCGCAACGCGCUGCUGAACGUCUGCUCAACAACGAAUGGAAGCUUCGUGUACUCAGCUUAAAAAUCGAGAGACCAGUACCAAGCGACAUUGCCAUAUCACGUGCCCACGAGCCAAAACACAUCGUUCAACUUGCCGAAGAAAUUAGUAUACUCCCUGUUGAGCUGAGUCCUUACGGAAGCAAGAAAGCUAAAGUCGGCCUAAGCGUGAUCAAGAGGCUCCAGCACCAAACGAAUGGCAAAUACGUCGUGGUCGCUGGUAUCACACCGACUCCGUUGGGAGAGGGUAAGAGUACUACGAGCUUGGGUCUCGUGCAGGCACUUACAGGACACAAAGGCAAGAAUUCGUUUGCAACAUUGAGGCAGCCGAGUCAGGGGCCGACUUUCGGUGUUAAGGGUGGCGCUGCUGGAGGUGGUUACGCACAGGUCAUUCCCAUGGAAGAGUUUAAUCUCCACCUUACCGGCGAUAUCCACGCGGUCACAGCUGCCAACAACUUGAUGGCCGCACAAAUCGAUGCCCGCUAUUUUCACGAAGAAACUCAAGCAGACAAGGCACUCUAUGACAGACUCGUACCGACCAUCAAGGGUGUCAGGAAGUUUUCUAAAAUUCAAUUGAGACGUUUGCAGAGACUUGGAAUCAACAAAACCGAACCUGCCUCGUUGACCGAGGAGGAACAGCGCAAAUUCACCAGACUAGACAUUGACCCUAAUAACAUUCCCUUCACCAGAGUGGUUGACAUCAACGACCGUUACCUCCGAAAAAUCACAAUUGGUCAGAGCGCCACCGAGAAGGGCAAAACGCGCGAAACUUCCUUCAAAAUUUCCGUCGGCUCAGAGGUCAUGGCCAUUCUCGCAUUAGCGACGAGCGUUGAAGACAUGAAGACUCGACUUGCGAACAUGGUUGUUGCAUUUAAUAAACAUGGGGAACCUCUCACUGCCGAUGACUUUGGAAUGACAGGAGCUAUGGCGAUAUUGUUGAAGGACGCGAUCGAACCAACUCUGAUGCAGAGUAUCGAGGGUACACCAGUGCUAGUACACACGGGUCCUUUCGCCAACAUCGCACACGGCUGCUCAUCCAUAAUCGCAGACGCGAUCGCGUUGAAGCUGGUCGGACCCGACGGUAUAGUCGUGACCGAAGCAGGAUUCGGCUCGGAUAUCGGCAUGGAGAAGUUUUUCGAUAUCAAGUGUCGCGUGUCUGGCCUUGUGCCUAAUGCCGUCGUUCUCGUCGCCACCAUUCGCGCACUCAAGAUGCACGGUGGUGGACCAGCUGUCACACCUGGUGCGCCACUCAAAAAGGAAUACAUCGAGGAAAAUUUGGAACUUGUGCAGAAAGGUCUCCCCAACUUGAUCAAACAUAUCAGUAAUGGUACCAAAUUUGGAAUUCCUGUCGUUGUUGCUAUUAAUGCUCAUCAGACCGACACGCAAGCAGAAUUACAAUUCGUGAAGAAAGCUUGUUUGGAAAAUGGAGCAACUGACGCAAUUGUCUGUACUCACUGGGCUGAUGGUGGUAAGGGAGCUUUAGAGCUUGCAGAUGCCGUCAUUGCAGCAACUUCCAAACCAAAUAAUUUUAAGUUUCUCUACGAUCUCAACUUAAGCAUCGAGGAUAAAAUCAAUACUGUCGCCAAAGAAAUGUACGGAGCUGGAGAAGUCGUUUUAGCUGAUCAAGUUAAAUUGAAAAUCAAAGAAUACAAUAAGUUGGGUUAUAACAAACUCCCUCUGUGUAUGGCUAAGACUUCGAAUUCUCUGACUGGAGAUGCCAACGUUAAAGGUGCACCUACUGGAUUUAGACUGGACAUUACCGAUAUCUUUGUGUCAGUAGGGGCUGGAUUCGUUGUACCAAUGGUUGGAGAUAUCAUGAUGAUGCCUGGCCUCUCAACAAGACCAAGUAUUUACGACAUGGAUUGGAACAGUGAAACUGAUGAAAUUGAGGGAUUGUUUUAAGAAUGCAAAGCCUCAACUGACGAUGUUACAAAUCUUCAUGUUUAUUUACAUAAGCAUUCCUUAUUACAUUUUUAUUUCAAAAAAUUAUUUUUAUAAUAAAGUGUCAUAGUUUUUAACUUCUUU